AGUUAUGAUUUGCUGACUUAGAAAAUCAUGUGAUCUGAUAAGAUAUAAGUGCAUAUAACAGUUAACUCUGUGUGAGCAACUUUUCUUAGCCUGAGCACAGAAUGAUCUGGAUGAAGAUAAAAUGGGCAAACAACUUUGUGUGAUGAUCUUCCUCUUGUAUGAAGCCUUUACAAUACAUGGAGACAUCAAACAACAGGAUUCAGUUUUAUCAGUUCAUGAAGGAGAUACAGUGAUAUUGUCCUGCUCCAUUUCAACAAAACAAAUAAGUGUGGUUUCAUGGUACAAGCAGGUCACUGGAGAAGAACCACGUCUCAUUGCUUCCUCUCUUCUCCAAUCAUCAGAAAGCCAAUUUCACAAUGGAUUUGACAGAAAUCAUUUUGAAGUGUUAAGAGAAACUGACAAUUUUAAUCUGAAGAUUGUGAACACUGUACAAUCAGAUUCAGGCACAUACUAUUGCGCUGUCUCUUUCUCUAAUAUUAUUGAAUUUGGAAAUGGCACUCUUCUGGUUAUUAAAGGAUCAGAAGCCAGCAGACCCACUCAUCUACAGCCGCCCAAGUUUGAACUAGUUGAGUCGGAGGUAAAUGUGCCUCUACAGUGUUCAAUCCAAAAUCAGUUAGAGAGUGGUAGAGGUGAACACCGUCUCUACUGGUUCAGACAUGGAUCAGGAGAAUCUCCUUCAGGAUCCAUUUAUAUUCAUGGAAACACCAGUGAUUCAUGUGUGAAAAGCUCUGAAGCUGGCUGUCUUUCACCGACCUGCGUGUUCAACCUCCCAAAAAAAACCUUCAGUUCCUCAGAAAAGGGAACUUAUUUCUGUGCACUGGCCACGUGUGGGGAGGCUUUAUUUGGAAACAUUUCUAAUCUGAAUCCUGACUCACAUGAGAGCCAGAACAUACAUUUAAUUCAAAUCGGACUUGCAGCAUUACUGGCAAUAAGUCUGACCAUCAACGUUCUGCUUUGUUGCUUGCGGAAAAAUGGGAGAAAAUCUCAACAAAUACAGACUACUGAUGAGGAUGAUAAUGAUGAUGUGUCAAUAAACCAGAACAGAGAAUUGACUUACGCUACAGUACUGUACACCAGCAAACACUCGAGAGUGAAGAGGGUGAGCGGCCCCGAGGACACACUGUAUUCUGGUUUAGCAUGUCAACAGCAAAGCUGAAAAUUACUUUAUAUUACCAUAUUUGCCAGCAUUUAGUUCUAUUGCUCUGUCUGCACAGAUAUUUACUUCCCUUUCCGCAAAAACAGUGCAUAUCAGAUUUAGUUCUGGCACUAGUAUGGCAACAAAAACUGCAGAAGCACACUUUAAGAAAUACAGACAAUUUCAUCAUAAAUAUUUUUGUCAUCUCAUCAGAUUUUCCAAUGACCUGCUAUUGUCCACAAACCUUUUUUUUUUUUUUUUUUUUACAUAUGUUUGUAUGUCGGUGAGGCCAUAAUGCAGAGAAAUGCAUGUUCUUGAAAAUAAAGUUAUGGUUCAACAGUGCUAAGGCCCCUUUUUAGUUUAAUUUUCCCACAAAAUACUAUAGCAACGAACAUCACAACACCAAGACACUAUCCUAAACAGCAGUUUUCAACAUUUAUUUUCUCAUUCAAGUCAAGUUACCUUUAUUUUUACAGCACUUUAAACAAUAGAAAUUGUUACAAAGCUUCUUUACAAUAAUAAACAGGAAAGUAACAGAUUAAUUAUGCAAAUUUCAUCAAAUAUGAGGCAAAUUCAAAAUCUGCUGUAAAGCAGUAGCAAGAUAAUAGUAAUAGUCAUUCAUGUCACAAGGUUAUUCUCACACAUACAAAAACAGUGCAAAUAUAAAUGUUAAAAGUGAUUGAAAUAAUGAUUCUAUAGUGCAACAUUUUGAUAAUAUGGUACAAUAUUUUAUAUUAAAAGUAUUUGCAUAUGACAAAAUUGGUCCCUCCUCACUGCCUUUAUAUUUAUGUUUUUUUUUUUUUUUUAACCCUUGUGCAUUGUUCAAAUUGACUACCCUUUCUUUAUGUUCGUGGAUGAAAACAUCCACUAAAUUAAACUGCUGUAAAAAUGUAUCAGAUAAAUAUUUUUUUCUAAUUUUUUUGCAUAAAUCUGUUAAUCAACCUCAGUCCUGAUCAAGAAUAUAUACAUAACAAUUAAGAAUAUAUAGUAUUGUUAAUCAUAUAUAUUUUUGAACCAAUAAAAAAAAAUUGUUAGUACAAUCAAGUUUGGAGAAGAAACCUUCCAAAUUAACAUUCAAAAUCAGAAAAGUGAAUGACAUUUAAGAGUCAAUAUCUAAACUAAACAAAUAUACAAAUAAACACAAGGUGGCAGCAGAGGACAUAUAUUAAGUACAAUAGGGGCCACAGAUGACAUUCAUAGGUUUGCAGGUCUGUACAGCUUGUAUCAAUGCCAGAUUUGUAGUACUGUAUCUAUUCAAACCAAUAUUUUAGAACAUGCAAAUUCUACACAAAAGCAAAACUUGAGAAAACAUUGGGUGAUUAUAGUAGCUAUGGAAAAAAAGGCCAUCAAGACAGAUAAUAUCUAACACAAGAAAGCCCAAAUAACAACUUUUAGAAACUGAGCUAUCAUUAGCAGAUAACAUAGUGUCUUUUGUAUUAUUACAUCAUGUUGACAAUGUAUAUGUACACAGUAAUUAUUUGACAUUGAAUCAUUAAUUACUUCUGUAAUUAUCACAUUUAUUAAAUAAAACCUCACUGUAAAAAAAAAAAAAAAAAAAAAAAAAAAAAAAACC